AUGGCUGUUUCCGCCGCGAGCGGUGCAAGCCAAGCCUCAGGCGAAUCCGAGCCGUCCGUAUCAGCUCAGAUCCGCGGGAUCGGGGAAGAGAAGCCUGGCUUGCGCGGAAGGUUCCUGCAGGACGUGGGUCCGAACCAGGUGGUUCUCGAGGCGCAGGCGCGCGUGUGCACGGGACCCACGCUGACCCGGCCGUUCGGCGAAGAGGAGAUGCGGCGCGUGAUGGAGCAGAUUCUGCUCUUGGUGUGCCCUCAGGUGUUCUGUCAGGUUUGCGACCCCAGACGGGGAGAGGCGGGCGCCCUCAGAUACCACCUCCCCCGAGACGUGCUCUUCCUUGCCGACCCUCAGAUGGGUGCUAGGGUUCCCUGUUCAACGGUGCUCUGCCUCGGGCAGGGGUCGGAGCAGGAGGCUCAGUUGGUGGGGAACCUGAGGGACAUUCUGUUUCGGCGUGCACCUUGCCUUUCAGGAAACCAUGUCUCUGCUGCAGAACAUGCUGCUCAUGAGGGGUAA